AUGAAAUGGGAAAUUGCGAUCCAAACAAAAAAGUGUGUCUUGGGGCAGAAGACGACCUUUACCAUCCCAAAGGACGCAAGCAUCCAAAAUGGUACAAUUCAAAUCGUUGCGUAUGGUGGCAAUAGCCAGUAUGGUGUUAUCGCAAUUAACGACUAUGAACCAGGUCCUGACGAUAUCCAAAUCGGUCGGCUUGAAGUUAUGAACGAUAAGGUUAUAGGUGAUACACAGGUUGUGACACCGUAUCUCCUCAAAGUGAGUACCUACACAUGUUCAAACCUUUAG